CUUGUCAGUGUCACAAAUUCAAAGCAAAGCGAGCUAAAAGUUAAAGUAGAUAAAAUGGAUUUUUUCACGUCUAUUCCUACACAUAUUGACUAUGUUGGUCAAGCAAAGGCGGAAAAAUUGUAUAGAGCAAUCAUUACACUGUUCAGUAUCGUUGGUUUUAUUUGGGGAUAUAUAGUGCAGCAGUUCUCUCAAUCGGUGUACAUUCUUGGAGCCGGGUUUUUACUUGCUGCUAUUCUGACUGUGCCACCGUGGCCGAUGUACCGAAGAAAUCCGUUGAACUGGCAGAACCCCAAAAACACAGAAGAAAAACCUUCAGGAAAGAAAGGCAAGAAGCAAUGAAUAACAUUUCAAGGGAAUGAUUGUGUAUUUUGCGAUUUUUUUUUUGUGUUUUUAAAUAAAUAGAUUAUAAGUU